GGAGAAGGGAUCCUACCGGAGCUGGGAGGCUGCUCACCUACCUCUGUCUGCGGGAAUAACCAGGGAACUUUAUUCACACUUUUCUCUCGCUUUGCUGUAAUCCUGGUGAUCAGGAGGGGAGAGCAAACUUGGGAGGAUAUAUAUUAGUAUUUUUCUACUGGUUUCCAAAAAAGAAGAAGAAGAAGAAGAAGAGUGUGUGUGUGUGUGUGUGUGUGUGUGUGUGUGUGUGUGUGAAGCUUUCAGAGCUCAAAUCUCUGCAGACUGAGGAGGAAGCGACACCGAGAUAAACGAGGAUUUAUUAUUAUUAUUAUUAUUAUUUUUAUUUUCUUUAAUUGUAUUUAAACUAAAGACACGUUAACGUUGCGCCACAAGCACCGAGUCAGCAGCAACAACAACAACAAAAAACAACAAAAAAAAGAAAGAAAAACCUCUAAAUUAAGUUAAAGGUCGUUUUUUGUUGUUGUUUUUUUUCCUCCCUUGAUGACCGAGGACCAGUCACGUGAUCUGCGGCUGUGUGGAGGACGCGUGUUUUCUUAAAAAGUCCGAAUUAAUUGGAACAGUUCGCAGCUCAAACUUCACUUGUGGCCUUGGACAGUGCUGGAGGCUAGGCUAGGCUAGUUAGCUUAGCUGUUAGCUUAGCUGUUAGCAGCCACGCUAGCUCUGGGCUCUGCUGUGCCCGGCUGCAGAGAGGCCUCCACCGGGCACAAGGGCAACACGUGUGUCCUGGUCUGGGUGUGUUCACGGGGGUUUCCCCACUAGCCUCCUUUAGCUCAGUGUUAGCUUCUCUGUGUUAGCUUCUCUGUGAGUGUGUGUGUGUGUGUGUGUGUGUGUGUGUGUGUGUGAACACGUUGUUCCUCCGCCCAUCUUCCGGGAUGUCUCUUUAUUGUUGUUUACCUGUUGGCCCACGUCGCACAACAAAACCAAUCUCCUGAAGGUGUUCCACCCUAGUCCGAGCUGUCCUCCUCCUCCUCCUCCUCCUCCUGCUCCUCCUCUGCAGGAUUACUGUGCCCUGGUGCUGAUGGGGUUCUGUUCCAGCUCAGCUAUGUGUCUCCGGACUCUGUGUUUGUGUUUUGUCUGCCUUGUGAUGAGCUGUCAUCAGGCCAAUGGAGAGGUUUGUCCAAGCAAGGACAUCCGCAACAAUGUGACCAACCUACGAACGCUAGAGAACUGCACUGUUAUCGAAGGCCACCUGAAGAUCUUACUCAUGUUCAGGACCAAGCCCGAGGAUUUCCGAGGCCUCAGUUUCCCUAAACUCACGGUGGUCACCGACUACCUGUUGCUCUUCAGAGUUUACGGCAUGGAGACCCUCAGUGAUCUCUUCCCCAACCUGACUGUCAUCAGAGGCAACAACCUGUUCUUCAACUACGCCCUGGUGAUGUUCGAGAUGCUCCAGCUGCGAGAGGUCGGCCUCCAUAGCUUGAUGAACAUCACCCGAGGAGCCGUGCGAAUCGAGAAGAACCCAGAUCUCUGCUAUCUCUCCACCCUGGACUGGUCCAAGAUCCUGGACACGGUGGAGGACAACUACAUCAUGGCCAACAAGAACGACAGAGAGUGUGGAGACGUGUGUCCGGGGGUGGCCAGCGGGAAGACCACCUGCCAGACCACCACCAUCAACGGGCACUUCAGUGAACGCUGCUGGACUCAGAACCACUGUCAAAGAAUGUGCCCUGUUCAUUGUAAACAUCGAGCCUGCACCGAGGACAACCAUUGCUGCCACGACCAGUGCCUGGGCGGCUGCCUGAAGCCCCACUCGGCGGGUCACUGCGUGGCCUGCCGCGGCCUCCAGCACGGGGACGACUGUGUGGAGCGCUGCCCCGAAAACCACUUCACCUUCAAGGGCUGGCGCUGCGUCUCCUUCGCCUUCUGCCAGGAUCUGCACAACAAGUGCAAGCGCGAGAAGGAGCGCAGCAAGAGCCCAGACUGCCACGAGUACGUCAUCCACAACGGGGCCUGCAUCCCCGAGUGUCCCUCCGGCUACACCACCAUCAACUCCUCCGCGCUCAACUGCACUCCCUGUGCAGGUCUUUGUCCCAAGGUAUGUAUGGGUCUGAAAACUGUGGACUCUGUGACGGCUGCCCAGGCUUUGAGAGGCUGCACCGUUCUCAACGGGAGCCUGGUCAUCAACCUGCGUGGAGGAAACAACAUAGCAGCUGAACUGGAGGCCAGCCUGGGCCAGCUGGAGGAGAUCACUGGCUACCUGUCAGUGCGACGUUCCUACGCCCUCGUAUCCCUCUCUUUUUUCCGCAAACUCCAUGUUAUUCGUGGAGAGGAACAGGAAAUCGGGAAUUACUCAUUCUACGCCCUGGACAACCAGAAUCUGCGGCAGCUCUGGGAUUGGUCCAAACACAAGCUGACCAUCCUGCAGGGACGCAUGUUUUUCCACUACAACUCCAAACUUUGCAUGACUGAGAUUCGCAAGAUGGAGGAGGUGACAGGGACCAAGGAGCGGCAAGUCAAGAACGACAUCGCCUCCAAGACCAACGGAGACCAGGCCUCAUGUGAAAACCAUGUGUUGAAGUUCACCCAGAUUCGAACCAUGAGCGAUAAAAUAAUGGUCAAGUGGGAACCCUUCUGGCCGCCAGACUUCAGAGACCUGCUGGGCUUCAUGGUGCUCUACAAAGAAGCACCUUUUCAGAACGUAACCGAGUUUGACGGGCAGGACGCCUGCGGCUCCAACAGCUGGGUGAUUGCUGACGUGGACCCUCCGCGUCGAGCCACAGAUGGGGACAAAGAGCAGUUUGAACCGGGUCAUCUCAUCCUGCCGCUGAAGCCCUGGACCCAGUACGCCAUUAUGGUGAAAACCCAGCUGUCAGCCUCUGAUGAGCACCAGGUCCACGGAGCCAAGAGCAAGAUCAUCUAUGUUCGCACCAACGCCACCAAACCGUCUGUCCCGCUGGACCCCAUUUCCUCGUCCAACUCGUCCUCCCAGAUCAUCCUCAAGUGGAAACCUCCCAAUGACCCCAACGGCAACAUCACUCACUACCUGGUCUUCUGCCAGCGCCAGCCGGAAGCCAGCGAGCUCUACAAGUUUGACUACUGUCAGAAGGGAAUGAAGCUGCCGUCGCGAGUGCCCACUCAGGUGGACAGCGACGAGGAGCAGAAGUGGAACCAGACGGAGGAGCAGGGCCAGGGGACACGAUGCUGCAGCUGCCCCAAAACUGACAAGGAGCUCAAGAAGGAGAAAGAGGACUCGGAGUACAGAAAAACCUUCGAGAACUACCUCCACAAUGAAGUGUUUGAGAUCAAACGCUCGAGACAGCGGCGCUCUGCGAUGGGCAUCGCCAACCGGACACAGCCCUUCCUCACCACCGCCCCCAGCCCGCCGCAGGGCACAGGCAUCCCAGAGGACGAGGAAACCUUUGAAAGCACAAAGAUCGUGGUCUACGUCCAUGCCAAGGAGUCCACUGUCAUCUCCAGCCUGCGCCACUUCACCAGCUACCAGAUUGAGGUCCACGCCUGCAACCACCCGACCGACCCGGCCCGCUGCAGCAUGGCAGCUUAUGUCAGCGCCCGCACAAUGCCUGAGGACAAAGCUGAUGACGUCAGCGGGCACAUCAACUACGAGGUGACAGAAAAUGAAGUGCACAUCACAUGGCAUGAACCGGUGUCCCCUAAUGGUAUGAUCAUCCUGUAUGAGGUCAACUACAGGAGACUGGGAGACACUGAGGAGCUUCACUACUGCGUGUCGAGGAACAUGUACAAAAAGGUCCGUGGCUGCAAGCUGAAAGUGAUGCAUCCUGGGAACUACACAGUGAGGAUUCGAGCCACAUCGCUGGCCGGGAACGGAUCCUGGACCGAGCCCACGUUCUUCUACGUCCAGGAUGCGAGCGAUCACCUCUACGUCCUGAAGAUCAUCAUCGGACCCGUCAUCUGCUUUGUCCUGCUGCUGUUUGUGGCUGUGACAGGAUUCGUCAUGUUCAAGAAGAAUCAAACUCAAGGGCCUAGUGGUCCCAUCUACGCCUCCUCAAACCCAGAGUAUCUCAGUGCUAAUGAUGUGUAUGAGGCGGACGAGUGGGAGGUGCCCAGAGACAAGAUCAACAUUUUGAGGGAACUGGGUCAGGGCUCCUUCGGCAUGGUCUACGAGGGCAUCGCCAAGGACAUCAUCAAGGGCGAGGGGGAUACACACGUAGCCGUGAAGACCGUGAACGAGUCGGCCAGCCUGAGGGAGAGAAUCGAGUUCCUGAACGAGGCCUCGGUCAUGAAGGCCUUCACCUGCCACCAUGUGGUGCGUCUGCUGGGUGUUGUGUCUAAAGGGCAGCCCACCCUGGUGGUGAUGGAGCUGAUGACCCACGGAGACCUGAAGAGUUUCCUGCGCUCUCUGCGACCUGACGCUGAGAAUAACCCCGGGCGUCCACCACCCACUCUGAAGGAGAUGAUCCAAAUGGCCGCUGAGAUCGCAGACGGCAUGGCUUACCUUAACGCCAAGAAGUUUGUCCACAGAGACCUGGCAGCCAGAAACUGCAUGGUAGCUCACGAUCUCACCGUCAAAAUAGGGGACUUCGGUAUGACGAGAGACAUUUACGAGACCGACUACUACAGGAAGGGAGGGAAGGGCCUGCUGCCCGUCAGGUGGAUGGCACCCGAGUCCCUGAAGGACGGAGUCUUCACUGCAAAUUCAGACUGCUGGUCAUUUGGGGUCGUGCUGUGGGAGAUCAGCACGCUGGCCGAGCAGCCGUACCAGGGCCUGUCCAAUGAGCAGGUCCUCAAGUUUGUCAUGGGGGGCUACCUGGACCGGCCGGACAACUGCGCCGACAGACUACAUAACCUGAUGCAGAUGUGUUGGCAGUACAACCCCAAGAUGCGUCCCGCCUUCCAGGAGAUCAUCGAGAUGCUACGCGAGGACCUGCAUCCCUCCUUCCAGGAGGUCUCCUUCUUCUACAGCGAGGAGAACAAGCCGCCCGAGACCGAAGACUUCGACCUGGACAUGGAGAACAUGGAGAGCAUCCCGCUGGACCCGUCGUCCUACUCCCAGAGGGAACAGUGUUUAGACAGGGACGAGGCCUCCUCUGUGGGCCUGAGGGGCAGUUACGAGGAGCACCACAUCCCGUUCACACACAUGAACGGGGGAAAGACCAACGGACGGAUACUGGCCCUGCCGCGGUCCAGCCCCUCCUAACAUACUGAACACAUCCAGCGCAAACAUGUCAUUGCUAUAGAUUUGAAUAUAUUUUUGUUUUUUGUUCUCAUUUUAUAUAUAGAUCUCACUUUUAGCACUCUCUCUACAAGAGCCCCUCAGUGCAUAACUCAGGACUUAUUUUUCUCCUCAGAUGCCACAAACACACACUACAGCGAAAUCCACACAUGGAUACCAGAAGACACUUUUUGUAUUUAAGGACAAAACCUCCCACGUCUCUCUUGUUCAUGAUUGUAGUUUAUAUACUGUAUAUAUAUAUUGCCAAGUUUGUGCUAGACUGGGUGGAUAAAAUGAUUCAACUGUGAAACAAACUCUUGACAAACAAGAAGGCUGCUAAACCCACUGCCCCUCCCCCGAGUCCAGACUGUGUCCCUCUACCCCGACUCAACAAGAGGCUUCAUCCCCGGGUUUUUUGAAAAAGAAAAAUGGAAAAAAAAGUGCCCUUCUAUUAUGUCUGUGGCCUACUUUAAAUGUCAUGGAGCUGUGUCUGAAUCUUUGUACACAAGCGGAUGACGAAACCGAAAAAUGUUAGACUUUGGGAACUCUGUUGGAUUGUCAACGACGGUUCAAUCCUCGAACAAACUCGUAUCCACCGGAGAAGCUGGUUGAAGUGGCUUACCUCCUCACACUCUGCAGUAUUCCAAAAUGGCACACAGGAUAAACACAGAACUUUUGUUGGGUUAUAUUUUUUUAAAUUUUAUUUACAUGUCUAUCUUUCUUUCUUUUCUUUUCCUCUUUUUUUUUUUUUUUUUGGAGUUCUCACAUUUUCAGCUGAAGGAUAUUUAAACUGUUUUCAAAAACAUGUUGGUGAACGAGUUCCUCAGAUUGACCAAUAGCUGCUUCUUUGGUAUAUUUUAGUGGGUAUAGAAGAUAAAAAAAUAUAUAUAAAUAUAUAUAUAUAUGAAUAUAUUGUUGAUGUUUUUGUACAUAGCUGAUAUGUUGUCUUUCUUGAGGUAUUUACGGUCCUAGAAAAUGUUUUUACAUGUUAGUCUAUUAUGUUUAUUUUUUCUAAUCCAAAAAUUCUUACUAAUUAGCUUUUUUGGACUUAUGAUCAACCUACAGCACUUGGUCUUUUUUGCUACGCGACGCUUGGGAGAAGGAGCGUUUUCAGCUUAAGAUGUCUGCCCAUCAUAUCAAGAUCAAAUAAAAUAGUGCUGUAAAUAAUGCAGCAAGGUGCAUUCAUGAAGAGGCUCCCGCAGUGCUUCUGUUGUUUUCCAUUCUCACAAUACAUGUGUUUUUUCAAGACCGUGUUUUCUUCUUCAGUUUAUGUUGAGAUUGUUAUGCGUCUAUAAAAAGGUAAGUUGUGCUUUUAUCUCAGUGAGUAGAGUAUGAAGAGGUAAGAUAUUUUCUCCAACAGAGCCACAAAAUAUGAUGCACACACACUCAAAACUCAAUUUACAUAAAAACUAGAGCCAGGGCGAGUUGUGAUAUUUGAGGCCAAUACAGAUAUUAACAUAUGUGGAUAAAAGAGAAAUCCUUUGGCAGUUGAAUUUUUUUUAUACAACCACUCAACACUACACAAAUAAAUACUUUUGGCAAUAAUGACUCAAAUUUGGUUAUUUUAGAGUUUUGAUAAAGGUAUAUACAUUUAUAUACAGAGGAAAAACCUUUAACCCUGAGGAAAUGUACCUCUAACAUACUGAUGUUUCACAGAUGAUGACAAUGAUAUUAAAUUCUGAAUAACUUUCUCCAGAAUUGCAAUCAUUAUAAAUAUGAUUAAAAGCUCAAAUACAACAACAACAUCUAAGAAAAAGGAAAAUGCCAGCUUUAAAAUGUUUACGUACAGCCUUUCCUAUGUGUAUGUCUGCCAUUAUAUUUGCCAAGAGCAGUGACGCAUCAUAUCUGUUGGACAUUAAUCAAAAGCAUUUCUAAAUUUGCAUUAAAUGCUAUGUGUGGUAAUGAGGGUAUCAACUGUAAUUGGUAAUAAAGCUAAAUGACUGUGCCAUAGGCUUAAAUGUAUUAGGUUUAGUGCAAUGAUGCCACCUGCUGGACAACAAUAGUUUAGGAAAUACCCUCUAUGUGAUGCCUAUAUUACUGUAUAUACUAUGCAAAGCCAAGCUUUGCACUUUUGACAUAAGUUUUAUUUCUGUACAAUAUAUAUAUAU